AUGGCCACGGCGAGCAACAUAGUGGUGGGGUCGUACGUGUGGGUGGAGGACCCACAGAAGGCAUGGAUGCCGGCGGAAGUACUCGGAGUAGACAGCAAGACGGUUACAGUCAGGAUUGGACGGAAAGAGGUCAACCUGAAGCUGUCCAACGUGCAUCCCAAGGACCCCGACGCACCGAGCGGCGGAGUGGACGACAUGACGAAGCUCGCGUACCUGCACGAGCCGGGCGUGCUCAGCAACCUCGCCACGAGAUACAGCCUCGACGAGAUCUAUACAUACACAGGCAACAUUUUGAUUGCGGUGAACCCGUUUCAGCGGCUGCCGCAUCUGUACAGCCAGCACAUGAUGGAGCAGUACAAGGGCGUUCGCCUGGGCGAGCUGAGCCCGCAUGUGUUUGCCAUCGCCGAGACAGCUUACAGGGCCAUGCUGGACUGUGGCGAGAGCCAGUCCAUUCUGGUGAGCGGGGAGAGCGGGGCGGGCAAGACAGAGACAACGAAGCUCAUCAUGCAGUACCUCGCUUACAUGGGCGGGCGGGCCACAGAAGGGCGAUCCGUGGAAGCACAAGUGCUGGAGUCCAAUCCCCUUCUCGAAGCCUUUGGCAAUGCCAAGACCGUCAGGAACAACAACUCCAGCCGGUUUGGCAAGUUUGUGGAGAUCCAGUUUGAUGCGGCGGGGCGAAUAUCGGGGGCUGCUGUGCGGACGUACCUGUUGGAGCGGUCCAGAGUGGUGCAGACCUCUGAUCCCGAACGCAACUACCACUGCUUCUACCAGCUGUGCGCUGGCGCCACCCCUGAGGAAGCAGCAAGAUUAAAGCUUGCCCCACCUGAGACGUUCCACUACCUCAACCAGAGUUCCUGCUUUGAGCUGACGGGGUACAGCAACAACGCGGACGAGUAUGCUGCCACCCGCAGAGCCAUGGACGUGGUUGGGCUCAGCCACCUGGAGCAGGACGCCAUUUUCCGGGUGGUGGCGGCCAUUCUGCACCUGGGCAACAUCUCGUUUGCUCCAGGCAAGCAGCCGGACUCAUCCAAGGUGUCAGGGGACAAGGCCAAGUUCCACCUGGAAGCAGCAGCGGAGCUGCUCGGGUGCGACCGGCGGGCGCUGCGGGAGUCACUGAUAACACGCACGCUGGUGACGCGUGAUGGGAACAUCAAGAGGGAGUUGGACCCGGCAGCAGCGGUGAUCAGCAGAGACACACUCGCCAAGACCAUCUAUUCGAAGCUCUUUGACUGGCUGGUGCACAAGGUGAACGUGUCCAUUGGCCAGGACCCUCAUGCCAAGUCUAUCAUUGGAGUGCUUGACAUCUAUGGCUUCGAGAGCUUCCAGACCAACAGCUUUGAGCAGUUUUGUAUCAACCUGGCAAACGAGAAGCUCCAACAACACUUCAACCAGCACGUGUUCAAAGCAGAGCAGGAGGAGUAUGAGAGCGAGGCAAUAGACUGGAGCUACAUCGAGUUUGUGGAUAACCAAGACGUGCUUGAGCUCAUAGAGAAGAAGCCAAUGGGGAUUAUUGCUCUCCUGGACGAACAAUGCAUGUUUCCCAAGUCAAACCACGAGACCUUUGCCACGAAACUCUACCAAACGGUGGGCGCCCACCGGCGCUUUGACAAGCCCAAGCUCUCACAGACCGACUUCACCAUCGAGCACUACGCUGGGAAGGUCACGUAUCAGACCGAUCUGUUCCUGGAGAAGAACAAGGACUACGUGGUGAUGGAGCACCAGGCGCUGCUGGGAGCGUCGAUCGACCCCUUUGUGGCGGCGCUCUUCCCCAUGCCCUCUGGCGACAAGGCCAAGACCAAGUUCACAUCUCUGGGUUCAGGGUUCAAGAUCUCUUCCCCUCUUGUCGUGGCAGAUCUCUUCCCCUCUGUCGUGGCAGAUCUCUUCCCCUCUGUCGUAGCAGAUCUCUUCCCCUCUGUUGUGGCACAACAACUGGCGGAGCUGAUGGCGACUCUGAGCCACAUGGACCCACCACACUAUGUGCGAUGUGUGAAGCUGCUGCCUCUAUGCCACCUAUCCCGUCCCAUUGAGGGUGUGCUGGAGGCAAUUCGAAUCAGCUGUGCGGGCUACCCCACUCGCCGCCCCUUUGACGAAUUUCUUGACAGAUUCUCUGUUCUCGCACCUGACCUCUGUGAUGGGAGAAGAUACGACGAUAAGGCUGCUGUCACCCUCAUGCUGCAGCGUCUGGGCUUCACCAACUUCCAGGUGGGCAGGACCAAGGUGUUCCUAAGAGCGGGACAAAUGGCCGAUCUAGAUGCCCUGAGGGCGGAGAAGCUGGGGUGGGCGGCGCGGGUGAUUCAGCGCGCCUGGCGGUCGUGGCGGCAGUUCAUGCGGUACAACAUGCUGCGAUGGGCCGUCAUCAGAAUGCAGGCGCGGUGGCGAGGCCACCUGACUCGGCAGUACUACAGCUGGCUACGAGAAGAAGCAGCAGCAGUGACGAUUCAGAAGCACGUGCGGCGAUACACCACACAGCUCGCCUACGAGCACACUCGCUACAGUGCCAUCAUCAUCCAGGCGGCGUUCCGCGGCAUGUUGUGCCGCAAGUGGGUGCGGGAGAUUAGAGUGCAGCGGGCGGCGACAAGAAUACAGGCGGCCUGGCGGGGCUACGUGGAUCGAAUGGACUUCCUCCGCGAGCGCUGGAGUGCCGUGGUCAUUCAGAGCGCGUGGAGAGCGAGACAAGCGCGCAGGCUGCUCAGGCAACUGCGAGUGGAGGCGAGGCAGGCAGGGGCGCUGCGGGAGGCCAAGUCGAAGCUGGAGAAGCAGCUGGAGGAGCUGACGUGGCGCCUGCAGCUAGAGAAGCGCAUGCGGGUCAGUGGGGCUUUUCAUACCCACCUGUUCCUCCCCAUCCGCUUGCCCCCAAUCCAGCUGGACCUAGAGGAGGCGAAGGCCGCCGAGAUCCAACGGCUGCAAGCGCAAGUGAAAGAUCUACGGUCCGAGCUCGACGACACGCGAACCCGGCUAGAGAGCCAAGUAGACGACACCCGGAGGCAGCUAGACGAGUCCCAAGGGAGACUAGAAGAAGCGCAGGGCAGAUUGGAAGAGGCGCAAGCGAGGUUGCAGGAGGCGCAGGGGAAGGUGGAGCAGGCAGAGGCGGAGGUGCGGCAGCUGAGGGAGCAGAGCGAGCGAAUGGCGGAGGAGAGUGCCAGGCUGGCGCAACAGCUGGCGGACCGGCCAGUGGUAGCAGCAGCAGCUGCUGCUGGUGCUGCUGGUGCUGCUGCUGGUGCUGCUGGUGGUGGUGCUGGGAGUGGGGGGCGAGGGAGUGUGAUGUCUGGUGGGGGGGCGUCGGCUGCUGCUGCGUCUGUGUCAUCGCGAGCAGCUGGGGAGACUGGGGCCAGACCUGCUGGGGAGGGUGACGGCCAGCUGCAGCAGGAGAACGUGCAGCUCAAAUCGCUGCUGGCAGAGUCAGAAGGGCGUCUGGCUCGCUAUGAGGCAGAGGUGGCCGGGCAGGUACAGGAGAAGGCAGCACGGAGCGAGAGAGAGUUGGAGCAGACCCAGGCGGAUUUAAAGCGGGUACAGGAGCUGUACUCGCGGAUGGAGCGAGAAAACCAAGCGCUGCGACAGCAGCAAGCACUCUCAGGACCAGACAGAGGCGGAGGAGGAGGGGCAGUGGGAGUAGUGAGAAGUGGAGAGCAGCAAGGAGCAGCAGCAGCAGCAGCAGCAGGUCCGGGAGGGGUAGCAGCUGUGCCGGUGCCAUCCCUGCAGCAGAACGGGAUUACCCCGAGCCUGAGCUUCGGAUUGCCGAGCCAGAGCCACGGGUCGCCGGGCCGGAGGCUCGGGUCGCCAGACUCUCCGGUCCCGUUGCAGCUCACCCCAGCAAGUGGGAAUGGCAGCAGGGGGGGUGUGGCGGCGAUGUCACCCCUGGGGAGUGGGUCUGGGGAAGGGGGAGACAGGCGGUUCUAUCGCAUACAGUCUGAACGGGUCUCGCAAGAGCAGGAGGCACUACUGAAGGCCCUCUCAGCCACCAGUCUCGGCUACAGCAACAAACGGCCCCUAGCCGCCUGCAUAGUCUACAAAUGCCUACUGCACUGGCGGGCAUUCGAAGCAGAGCGAACAAGCAUAUUCGACCGCAUUAACCGCACUAUCAGAUCAGCUGUUGAGGAGGAUGAGGCAGCCCUGGCGGCUCUGCCGAGCGGAGGGGUGCUGAGCGGUGGAGGGGGGUUGGGAGGGAAGAGCAUGGGUCGGCUGGCGUACUGGCUGUCCAACACGUCGUGUCUGCUGGUGCUGCUGCAGCGGACGCUCAAGGCUAGUGCGGGCCAGGCUGGGCCGGCAGGGAGGAGGAGAGGCGUGCAGGGGGGAGGAGGGACUAGUGGCAGGAUGGUUCAUAUGGGCCCUCAGAUGGGAUAUCCGUCCCCGCCUCUGCCGGAUGGGUCUAGCUCGCUGAAGCUGGUGGAAGCCAAGUACCCCGCGCUGCUGUUUCGGCAGCAGUUGACAGCGUAUGUGGAGAAGGUGUUUGGGCUGAUCAGAGACAACCUGAAGCGAGACAUCUCCCCGAUUCUCGGGCAGUGCAUUCAGGCUCCGCGCGUCUCCCGCUCCUCAUACGGGCGGCAAUCUUCGUCUCCUAGCAGCGCAGCGGGCGGCGGGCCCCCGUCAUCAUCCCCACCAAGCCCAUGGCACGCCAUCAUAGCGGCACUCAGCACGCUGCUCACGACGCUCAAGGGCAACCACGUGGCGCCGUUCCUCAUCCGCAAGAUGUUUGCUCAAGUGUUUUCCUUUAUCAACGUGCAGCUCUUCAACAGCUUACUGCUUCGCCGGGAGUGCUGUUCGUUGAGCAACGGAGAGUAUGUGAAGGCGGGGUUGCAGGAGGUGCAGCAGUGGAUGCGGGAAGCGGGGGAGGAGAGCAUAGGACGCGCGUGGGAGGAGCUUCGAAGCAUUACCCAGGCUGUGGGGUUUCUGUACGGCACACACACUGUCAGCACAGCACAGCUUCUCGGGCUCCUCCAACGUGUCCCCAUUCCUGCCUCCUCCCACCUUCUCUGCCCCCAGGUGCUGCACCAGAAACCCAAGAAAAGUCUAGAGGAGAUAGUCACCACCCUCUGCCCAUCUCUCUCAACGCAGCAGCUGUAUCGCAUCACCACCAUGUACUGGGAUGGCAAGUACGGCAACAUGCUCUCCUCUCUGCCUCCUACCGCGUUUUCCCCACCAGCUGCUGCACCAGAAUCUCAAGAAGAGUCUCGAGGAAAUCGUAACCACUCUCUGCUUGUCGCUGUCGACGCAGCAGGCUGUAUCGCAUCGCAACCAUGUACUGGGAUGGCAAGUACGGCACGCACAUCGUCAGCACGGCUUUUGACAUUCCUCAAGCACGUGCUCUUUUCUCACCUCCGCCCCUACACCAGGUGCUGCACCAGAAACCCAAGAAAAGCCUAG